AUUUGUAAAUAAUAUUUCCGCGAGAAAUGAGGAUUUCAGUUUCCAAGAGAAAACAACCCUAUGCUGAAGGAGAGAUUAAGGAAGUCGAUAAGGAAGAGAGCAAGUUGUCAAAAUUGGUUAAGCAUAGCACACCAAAGCAAGAUGCUGAAACAGUAGAGGAUAAGCUGAACCAUGCUAAGAAAAGUACUUCCGCCAAGGAUGAGCUUACAAAUGAUGCCUUGGCGAAGAUCAUGAGGAACCGGUAUAAGCAAGAUGAUAUAUUAGACAGACUCGAGAAAAUCCAUUGCUGUGAAAAAUGUCCCAAACAGUUUAAAGUAUAUGAUUCAUUCAAUGAUGAUCCCGAGAAACUUCAAGGUGAAGACAAUAUGGAGCUUAUUGACGAAUUAACCUUCAGACAAUACUAUUGGAGUGAAGAAUCAAGCAAAGUAAUGUGCCCAGGUUGUAAACCUCCAAAAAUCCUGUCUCAAAAAAUCAAUGCUACAGAGGAAAAUUAGAUACUCAAGUCUGUAAAGAUCAUCUAGAGAAAAAUGCGCUUUUCAAUAUUGUUA